AAAACCCAGGUGUGGUGGCACGUGCCUGUAGUCCUAGCUACUUGCGGGGCUGAGAUGGGUGGAUCACUUGAACACAGGAGAUUAAGGCUGCAGUGAGCCGAGAUCGUGCCACUGCACACUAGCCUGGGCGGCGGGAGUGAGACCGUGUCUCAAAAACAACAACAACAACAACAACAAAACAAAAAAUGGACUGAGGUUGGGGUGGCAAGGCCGGGCUGGAAUGGAGGCUGAGGCCAGGCCCUGGCAGCGCCCAGGGGGUAGAGGGCGUGCAGUAGGAAGCAAGGGCCACCCUCAGGGAUGGGGGACUGGGCCUGGCAGCUGCCGAGGGGUAGGGCAGGAUGCAUAUGGAGAGCCACGUGGGGCUGCGGCUGAGCCAAGGAUUGUGAGAGGAAUCCUGCUGCUCUGGGUGGCAGGCAGAAGGCCUGGGCCACAGGUGGGGCCUGCUGGGGAGACCACAGGUGAGGCAGGUAUGGCUGACCCUGGGCGCUCGGCACACCGGUACUCCUCCUGCCUGGCUGCUCCCUCAGCAGGUGUCAGAGUCUGAGUCACCUUUUCCUCACGUGACCCCCACCAGGACCAGGCAGGGAGGUGGCCAUCUUUGGCCCUGACUCAGCCCUGCAGGAAGAAGAGGGGCUGGAGGUGCAGGUGGCCUGCCACUGUCUCCCCCAACCCCUGCCCACCUGGGUCUUGUGCUGUGUGUACUUCUGCUGCGUCUGUCCUCCCUUGUGACCAGCUUCUGCUGGACCUGAUUGUCCAGCCAUGAUCUUCUGAUCAUCAUGGUUUCUGGACACACAUCUGUUGGACUAAGGAAUUUGUGUUCCUGGCCACAGACCAGUGCCACCUCUGCCUCAAGCAGUUCCUGGUCUGGGCACUCCCCCGGGGAGGCCGGAGAGGACUGAGCCGUCUCCUGAUGCAGAAAGUCAGCCCCGCUGGGCAGUGCUCGCCCAGGAAGUAGGGCCCCACCCAACGGUGUGCUGACUGUGGAACACUGUGUCUGCCUAGGCGGGUCUGGCCACAUUCCUGCAGCAUGAUGGUUGGCAGUUAGCUUCCUGGAGUGUGGACGGGUCCUUCCCUGCCUGACUGACUUGUCCACAGGGCAGCAAGAAGAUGCGCCCCUUGGUGUGUUCCGAGUGUCUCCUGUAGGCAGCUGAGCUUUCGCAGGUCUGGCUGGGAGCCAAGGUUACCAAUCUGGGGGGUAACCCAGCCAUCAUCUGGAUGAGCGUUGGGGUCUUUCUGCUCUGGAUUGCAGGGCAGACGUCGUUUUGUGCUGGUCAGGCCCCUCGCCAGCCUGAUUCCCUUGGAGCCCCCCAAGACAGGAGAUGGGCAGGAGAUGUCCUCUGAAGUGGCAUGGGCUGCUUGCUCACUGGCCUUCCCAGGACGCUGCCCAGGUGGUGCUGCUUGGCCCCAGGUCGAAUUCCUGUGCUGGCAGCAAGCAGGGGCCUGGGCCGUCGGCUGGCUGGGGCUCAUGCAGCCAUCCCCUUUGCAGCCAUCCGGGUGACCUGCACAGGUUCCUGCGGGGUCUCCAACAAGGCUAAUGACACAGCGUGGGUAGUGGAGGAGGGUUACUUCAACAGUUCCCUGUCGCUGGCAGACAAGGGGAGCCUGCCCGCUGGAGAGCACAGCUUCCCCUUCCAGUUCCUGCUUCCUGCCACCGCACCCACGUCCUUUGAGGGUCCUUUCGGGAAGAUCGUGCACCAGGUGAGGGCCGCCAUCCACACGCCACGGUUUUCCAAGGAUCACAAGUGCAGCCUCGUGUUCUAUAUCUUGAGCCCCUUGAACCUGAACAGCAUCCCAGACAUUGAGCAACCCAACGUGGCCUCUGCCACCAAGAAGUUCUCCUACAAGCUGGUGAAGACGGGCAGCGUGGUCCUCACAGCCAGCACUGAUCUCCGCGGCUAUGUGGUGGGGCAGGCACUGCAGCUGCAUGCCGACAUUGAGAACCAGUCAGGCAAGGACACCAGCCCUGUCGUGGCCAGUCUGCUGCAGAAAGUGUCCUAUAAGGCCAAGCGCUGGAUCCACGACGUACGGACCAUUGCGGAGGUGGAGGGUGCGGGCGUCAAGGCCUGGCGGCGGGCGCAGUGGCACGAGCAGAUCCUGGUGCCUGCCUUGCCCCAGUCGGCCCUGCCGGGCUGCAGCCUCAUCCACAUCGACUACUACUUACAGGUCUCUCUGAAGGCGCCGGAAGCUACUGUGACCCUCCCGGUCUUCAUUGGCAAUAUUGCUGUGAACCAUGCCCCAGUGAGCCCCCGGCCAGGCCUGGGGCUGCCUCCUGGAGCCCCACCCCUGGUGGUGCCUUCCGCACCACCCCAGGAGGAGGCUGAGGCUGAGGCUGCGGCUGGCGGCCCCCACUUCUUGGACCCCGUCUUCCUCUCCACCAAGAGCCAUUCGCAGCAGCAGCACCUGCUGGCUACCUUGAGUUCUGUGCCUGGUGCGCCCGAGCCCUGUCCUCAGGAUGGCAGCCCUGCCUCCCACCCGCUGCACCCUCCCUUGUGCAUUUCAACAGGUGCCACUGUCCCCUACUUUGCAGAGGGCUCCGGGGGGCCAGUGCCCACUACCAGCACCUUGAUUCUUCCUCCAGAGUACAGUUCUUGGGGCUACCCCUAUGAGGCCCCACCGUCUUAUGAGCAGAGCUGCGGCGGCGUGGACCCCAGCCUGACCCCUGAGAGCUGACCCUGUGCUGCCUUCUCCAGGCAGGCCUGGCCUCUGCCCUGGGACUGGGGCGCCCAGGGCCUCGUGCCUUCUCUCUCGGCCUAGCCUGGCCCACUCAGGACCUGCCCAGCCUCUGCCAGCUCCUCUGGCAUCCGCCCUCUUCUCCCUGGGGCUGGGGUGGGGGUGGCAGGGAGCUGGGACCUGGAGAGACGACUCCUGUAAAUAAAACACUUUAUUUGUAGA